UCACACCACCAUGACCAGUCACCACCACCACGACCAGUCACCACCACCACGACCAGUCAUAACCACCUUAACUAGUCAUAACCACCACGACCAAUCCCAACCACCACAACCAACCACCACCACCACGACCAUCACCACCACCACCACCACGACCAGCACCACCACAACCACUACCAUCACCACCACCACUACAGUCACUACAACCACU